UACUUCACACUGAGGAAGUGCUUUAAGCUUAUUUCAAUGUUUUAUAGGGAAUAAGCUUGGGUAUCUAGUCAAAAUGUUCAUUUACAGCUUAUAAAUUGUUUCGUAACCCAGCAAUGCAUGCGUACAGAGCGUGUGAGAGAGAGAAGAGGAGAAGGGAAACAACUUAAAAUGUGUCCAUAUGUGGAUUGUGGUCUCUGUGUGUUUGGCAGAUUGAGAGGAUGAGCAAGUAUCUUAUCAUGCGCUCCGUUUAUCAAAUUUCAUAUGGGAUAUUAUCUUUAUUGGUUCUGUUUAAUUUUGAUAGUUGGAAGCAAAAAUGGCGCAAAGUAUAAGAACUUAGAAAAUUGGAGCUGUGCCAUUGGCUAUGGAGUGGGAUCAGGCAGCCCUUUGAGCCCAUCCUUCAAUUUUGGUCUUGAGCUUGCUAAAAGUUCACAGUUUAUUGCUUCAUUCUAUCAACAUGUGGUGGUUCAAAGACGGGUGAAAAAUCCACUAGAAGAAGAUGAAGUAGUUGGAAUUACUAACUAUAUUGACUUUGGAUUUGAGUUGCAGACAAGGGUUAAUGAUGAGAAAGCUCCAAGCAGCAUCCAAGAUUCCACCUUUCAAGUUGCUGCAUCUUGGCAAGCUAAUAAAAAUUUCUUACUUAAGGGAAAGGUGGGGCCUCUAAGCUCAUCUCUAGCAUUGGCGUUUAAGUCAUGGUGGAAACCUUCCUUCACUUUCAAUAUUUCAGCUACCAGAGAUCGUACCAAAGGAGCAACAGCCUUCGGAUUUGGAAUUCGUGUUGACAAUAUUAGAGAAGGAAGCUAUCAAAGGGCUGAUCCAAACUUUGUAAUGCUGACCCCAACUAAGGAGCACUUGGCAGAAGGCAUACACUGGAAAGUUGGGAAGAGACCAUUACUUCAAUCUGAUGUGAAUUCUGGGAAUUUCGAUGGCAUGCCUAGGGAAUUAAGACCCUUGGGCAAAAUGUUGUAGUGUCAUUUCUUUGUUCUAGUUGUCAUUUUCAUAGCUUUUGAGAAGUAGUCUGUGCUGCUGCAUAGCAGAGGAGCUUUGUGCUAUUCUUUUGCAUUAUAACUGCUUGUUUAGACAGUUUUAACUAGUUAGACAUUAUAUGCAUGGAAAAAUGUUCUCUACUUUCAUUCUAGCGAAUGGCUA